AUGAAGCAAAUCCCCUACUUCUUCCUGAUUCUACCGACUGCUGCUGGCAAGACUACUCUAUUCCUCCUGGGGGCUAGUCUCUUCCCUGAUCAGGUGACUAUAUUAGUUAUCCCGCUGAUCUCUCUGAAACUUGAUCUCCACGAUAAAGCUAAGGCCUUAGGGCUACAGCCUACUGUGUGGGAACCCUAUAUGGGCUAUCGAGAGCUUCCUCCCCAGAGUAGGAUGAUCCUGGUUCAAAUCGAGCACGUAGUUCACCCGAAGUUCUAUGAGAUGGCUGAGCACCUGACUAGCCUGAAGCGAUUAUCCCGUGUGAUAUGGGAUGAAUGUCACCUGAUUCCCCUUAGUCAGAGCUAUCGGCCGAUUAUGAGGCGUGCCUGGCAUGCCCUAGCCAUUAGGGCCCCAAUGGUCUUUGCCUCUGCUACCUUACCAUCUCAUCUCCAAAGGGAGCUUAUUGAUAUGCUUCAGCUGCCUAACCGCCUUUGCAAGACCUAUAGGGCUGGCACAACCCUAAAGCAUAUGGCCUACCGGGUUCAAUCGCUGCCUAAAAGCCUUCGUCAGCCUGACUAUCCUGGCUAUCUGAUACAGUUCAUCAAGCAAUUCGAGAGCUCCUAUAAGCCCUUCGGGCAGCGGGAUAGGGCUCGGGUAAUUAUCUUCUGCCGCAGUAAGGCCCUGGUUGAUAGCCUAUUCGAGGCCUUAGGCCCUUAUGCGGCUAGAUUUCAUGCUAGCCUAGCUGAUGAUGAUAAGCUUACUCAGCUAGCGCGUUUUAGGGGUGAUACCCUACUGCUAGUGGCUACUAGUGGGAUUGGUGCUGGCUACGAUUUCCCUGAUGUUGACUUGGUCAUCCAUUUUAUGCCUGGGGCCUAUGAGAUGACUAAUUUAUGCAGGAAUCAGGGCGGGCUGGUAGAUCCCCUGAUCGUCUAG